GCUUUGCUGUCGUCUGAACCCAAAUCAUCCAGCUGCAGUCUUCUUAAGAAGACCAUGAAGGAGCUGACGGUUCUGGCCCUGCCGUCUCCAGACAGAACCACUGGCAGCUGCUCCGUGCCGCAGGUCCACGCUCUGAACAUCCUCCGUGCUCUGUACCGAGAUGCCCGUUUGGGCGAGAACAUCGUUCCAUUUGUUGCAGACGGGAUGAAAGCUGCCGUGCUGGGCUUCACCUCUGCGGUCUGGGCU